AUUCACCAGUUUUUAAAAAUAAUUUCUUGUCAAUACAAAUAUUGAAACUUCUCUCUCAACUUGGAACAAAUGGAACCAGAACUUGAAAAUUCUGAGAUUUCCAACUUCAAAAAACCCUUUAAGAACAAGUGUGAAAAUGUGAAAAGGUUUACUGAUGAGCAAGUGAAGUUACUUGAGACCAUGUUUAAACUAGGGACAAAGAUAGAGCCAAGAGAGAAGCUGAAAUUAGCAAGAGAACUCGGGUUGCAACCACGCCAAGUAGCUAUUUGGUUUCAGAACAAAAGGGCUAGAUGGAAAUCGAAGCAAUUAGAACACGAAUAUCGCAUACUUCAAUCGAAUUUUGACAAUUUAAAUAUGCAAUUUGAAUCCUUGAAGACAGAAAAGGAGAGAUUACUCAUUCAGUUGGAGACAUUAAAUGAUCAGCUAGAAAACAACAACACUCGAGGAAGCGGAAGUCAAGAUUCAAGAGACAGUGAAUUGCAGCAUACAAGUCCAGAAAAUGGAUUUACAGAGUUAGAAUUGAAGGAUUGUUCAGGUUCGAGAUUUGAUCACAAGAGUAUAAAUGAAGAGGAUGAUGACACAAGAGAUAAAUACUUCACUCCCAAAGAAGAAUCAGAGUUGUGGAACCUGGAGGAAUUAGGAGACAAUAAUUCCUUAGAACAUUGGUGUGUUGGCUUAGGUAGUAUUUCGAAUUCCAAGUUGUGGGACUUUUGAGCCUCACAGAUUGUACAUAAAUUUCAUAAAGUAGGGAAGGAAUAUUUAUUUAUCUCGGUUUCUCUACUUUUCCAUUGUGUCCAAGAAUCAGAAUGUAGAUUGUUUGUGAA